AUGGUUGCAUUAUCUACUGUGCGUAUACCUAGGCACACACUUAUACACAGGACCUCCAAAAGCACGGGAAACACACACACCGGCUUAACCAUCUUCAACCUCUGUAUCGCUGGCACGGAAAACUCCGCUUUCUCGACUGGUAAGGCUGAAACGGAGAUUGGAACGGACGGCUCCAUCAGUGGGAUUCUGCGGGGCAAAUUUGUGAUUCUCACAUUGUCCGACGGCGAAGAUGGCGAUGGGGAAUAG